AUGGGAUUAUUUGAGAUAUUUGUUAAGGAUGAUGGGUUUUGGGGUAGAUGGAGAAGUUGGAUGGAAUCGCUCAUGUUCAAUACCACUGUGUCAAUUCUUGUUAAUGGUAGUCCAACUAAAGACUUUGCGGUGACGAAGGGUCUUCGACAAGGGGAUCCUAUUUCUCCUUUUCUCUUUCUCUUCAUGGCAGAAGGUUUGUCGGCUUUGAUGAGGAAAGCCUCGUGUUUGGGUGAGUGUGUGGGUUUUAAGGCGGAAGAAGACUUACAUUUUAAGAUGCUCCAUGAUACUCUUUUAAUUAGUGAUGGCUCGUGGAAUAAAUUGUGGAGCGUUAAAAUUAUUCUUAAGGGUUUUGAAUUAGUCUCGGGUCUUCGGGCAUCUAAAGUUGCUAUUAAGGAGAUCAUUAAGCUUCAAAUGGUCUUUUUAUGGAGGGAAACAAAGGAUAAGAAAAAAGUUGAUUGGAUUGGUUGGGAUAAGGUGUGUUUGCCAAAUAAGGAUGGUGGGUACGGUGACAUUAGAAGAGUUAUGCUCUCCGUUUCGGUGACUCGUAGAAGAAACAAGGUCUCUCUUUGGUGGAAAGAUUUGUGUCCAUUCGGUUCGGGGGGGACGAGUCUGUUGGAAAAUUGGUUUCCUUCUUCCAUCUCUUGCAAGUUAGGGUAUGGUGAUGGACUUGAUGUUUGGCUUGAUAGGCGGUUGGGAUGUUCAUGGGAGUGGCGUAUUAACUUCCGUGAAGGUUUUGUUGAUGAUGAGGAUGGGGAACGUGUUGAGAAUUUAGUUACAUCUUUGGGAGGGUCGAAGCCUACCGUGGGUAUCGCAGACUCGUACUUUUGGUGGAAAAACUCCACGGGUUUUUCUGUAAAAGCUACUUAUGACAUGAUUUUGGAGGGGAGUUAUCGGGUCCAUCGCUUAGAGGUUGAGGAGCUUUUGAAUUGGCUUGUAAGUCCCGUUUUGUGGUGGACACUAGAUGGAUUUUUGGGAUGGAUUUUUGUUGGGGUAUUUGGAGUUGUAGGAAUGAGAUUCUCUUGA